CUACCGAGGGAUCAGCCACACCCGCUUCAGCUUAUUGGGCAUCUUUCCGUGGAACGUCACAUGCAAAAGAGCCACACGCACGUUUAUGCCGAUGAAUUAGAGAUUAAAGGGAGGCAGAACAUGCAGAUUGGGUCCCACACACAGACACAGACUGCCCUCGCCUCAUCCACCGAUGACUGAGGAGAUGCGUCCUGACGAGCCCUGCUGAAGAGCUCCAGCGUUCAUCUGCGUUUGACAGCGUUCACUCACUGACAGCACGGCGAGCACAGCACGAUGCUGGGGUUCUGUAGAGCUGGGACAGCGCUGGCUCUCAUCCUGCUCGAUGCUCUGGUGCUCAUAGCUGCAGCGCACGAGGAGCUCAUCUUUAGCGAUCAUUUUCUGGUCCAGCUGCACGAGGGGACGAACGAAGAUGCUCAUCAACUUGCCCUGGAGCACGGCUUCGGGAGCGCAAGGAAGCUUCCUUUUGGCGAGGGACUAUUUCAUUUCUACCCGCGGGAAAUCCCUAAAACCAGGAGGAAACGCAGCCUGCAGCAGCACCGGCGCCUGGCGAAGGAUCACCGGGUGAAAAAUGUGUUUCCUCAGGAGGGUUUUGGCCGUCAAAAGAGGGGCUACAGAGAAAUCAAUAACAUUGACGUCAACAUGAGUGACCCGCUUUUCACCAAGCAGUGGUAUCUUAUAAAUACAGGCCAAGCGGAUGGGACCCCAGGGCUGGAUCUCAAUGUGGCAGAAGCCUGGAACUUGGGCUUCACCGGCAAAGGUGUGACCAUCGCCAUCAUGGACGACGGUAUUGAUUACCUACAUCCAGAUCUUGCCUCUAAUUACAACGCAGAAGCCAGCUUUGACUUCAGCAGCAACGACCCGUACCCGUACCCGCGCUACACAGACGACUGGUUCAACAGUGAAUCUCAAGCCCUCUCACCCCUGCACUCAUCACCGCAGAGCAUCAAUAGAGUAACAUCAAGGGUUUUACUGCUGUUCCCAUGUUCUCAAUCCUGCCAUUUCACAGGCAUUCGUAUGCUGGACCAGCCCUUCAUGACAGACAUCAUCGAGGCCUCGUCCAUUAGCCACAUGCCACAGGUUAUUGACAUCUACAGCGCCAGCUGGGGCCCCACCGACGACGGCAAGACGGUGGACGGCCCACGUGAGCUCACCCUGCAGGCCAUGGCUGACGGAGUCAACAAGGGUCGAGGUGGGAAAGGCAGCAUCUAUGUGUGGGCCUCCGGAGACGGUGGUAGCUAUGACGACUGUAACUGCGACGGAUACGCCUCCAGCAUGUGGACCAUCUCUAUUAACUCGGCCAUCAAUGACGGACGCACCGCGCUCUACGAUGAAAGCUGCUCCUCCACCCUCGCCUCCACCUUCAGCAACGGCCGUAAACGAAACCCUGAAGCAGGCGUGGCCACCACGGAUCUGUAUGGAAACUGCACACUGCGUCAUUCGGGCACAUCUGCUGCCGCCCCUGAGGCCGCUGGCGUGUUUGCCCUGGCGUUGGAGGCCAAUCCGAACCUGACGUGGAGGGACCUGCAGCACCUGACGGUCCUCACCUCUAAGAGGAACAAGCUGCAUGACGAGGUGCACCAGUGGAGGAGGAACGGUGUGGGCCUGGAGUUCAACCAUCUGUUCGGAUACGGCGUGCUGGAUGCCGGAGGAAUGGUCAAACUGGCCCGGGAGUGGAAGACCGUCCCGGAACGAUUCCACUGUGUGGCUGGAUCCGUGCAGGAGAUAGACAAAAUACAGUCAGGCAGCAAACUGGUGCUGAGCGUCACGGCCGAUGCCUGCCAGGGCAAAGACAACUUUGUGCGCUAUCUGGAGCAUGUGCAGGCCGUCAUCACCGUCAACGCCAGUCGCCGCGGAGACCUCAACAUCAACAUGACUUCACCGAUGGGGACCAAGUCCAUCCUGCUGAGCCGCCGACCCCGGGACGACGACGCCAAGGUGGGCUUCGACAAGUGGCCCUUCAUGACCACCCACACGUGGGGCGAGGACCCUCGAGGAGCCUGGCUGCUGGAGGUGGGUUUCCAGGGCGAAGCCCCGCAGAGCGGCGUGCUGAAGGAGUGGACCCUCAUGCUGCAUGGAACACAGAGUGCCCCUUACAUAGACCAAGUGGUGCGGGACUACCAGUCCAAACUGGCCAUGUCCAAAAAAGAAGAGCUUGAGGAGGAAUUAGACGAAGCUGUGGAGAGAAGCUUGAAAAGCCUUUUGAGUAAAAGUAACUAGCCACGUGCAUGAAAAUAUCCUCUCUGUAUUAGCGUAUAUUCCUAGGCCAUUCUCUCUCGGCUUUCUCUUUUUUCGUGUGAUUAUUUGAUGAAUGUCUGACGUGAGUCUCUCCUAUUAAAGUGUAUUCUCUGAAUGAUACAGCGGCCGUGAAAACCAUUUC